AUGGCAAGCCAACGUUGUAGCCCGAAAAGACAGGCAUGGGACCUAUUAAGCGAGCUGCCAGAUCCAUUGUUAUGCUCAAUAAUCUCGUAUCUUCCCACAAAAGAAGCCAUUGCAACGAGCAUACUAUCCCGCAGAUGGAGAUCCUUGUGGAAGUGUCUCACUCGCAUUGAUAUUGGUUUCUGUCCCCGGUCAUUGCCGGGAGAAUCAUACUCGGAAGAGAUUGAAAAAGUGCUAUUUUCGCAAGAGAACAGUUUCAUCUCGGUUUUCCAGCUAGUUCUUAGCCGAGGAAACCUGACUCUGGAGGAGUUGGGAAGAUGGAUUGAAUAUCUGAAGGAAGAAAAAAACGUGGAACAAAUUUCACUUAUUGGUAAAAGACUCGUUCGUACACUUGGACUAGAAUUCACCCCAACAACGACAUGGCCUGCUAACUUCUUUCGCGGCAGAACUCUUCGUUUGGUAGAACUGAAAUAUUUGGCGAUUGGUGAUGCAUCUGCUUUUGAGGAUUGUAUAAAUCUCGUUUCUGUGAGCGUAGCGGAUGGAGUUCUUGCUAAGAUAAUUUCCAAUUGCAUAUUCUUGGAGAAUUUGACCCUUAUAGGUGCUAGGUUGACAGAGAUAACCCCAGAGCAUCAAAGCAUCUUUCUUCCAUAUCCGGAGUUCUCUUUUUGGGAAGGACACUUACCAGAUAGUAUCACCCAUCACCUCAAGGUUGUUGAGAUAAAGGGUUUCAAUGGAAAGGAAAGAGAAAUGAGGCUUGCCACUCAUCUGAUAGAGACUGCUACAAAAUUGGACAGACUUGUGAUCCAAUUUGACAAAGUCUGUCCAAAAGUAACAAAAGAAGAUGCCAAAAGAAAGCUAUUAUCGGUGCCAAAGGCUUCCAUCAACGCUGCUAUUGUCUUGAAUCAUGAGAAAGAUCGAUACUUUCACUCUCCCUCUAAUAAUUUCCAGCUGAAGAAGUCCUGUGCUUAG